CAAACUCGGAGCCGCUUGUACUGCGCAUGCGUGUUCUACCCAGCUGGAGACGCCGGACAAAAAUUGAGGAAAAAAAACAUUUUUAAAAAAGUGAAAACAGCUCACAAGAGUGACGACAUUUCCACGAGGAUGACUUCCGAGAGUGGCAGACGCUGAUCAGAACAAGGAAGAGCCAUGGCCUGCGCCCUGGUACCGCUGGACGAGCAGCAGGUGACCGAGCGAGACGAGCUGGGCAGGGAACGCACGCUAGCCGCGCUGCACCCGGACAGGAAGCGGGAACGCCUCUUCGUGCCUUACGUGGCGCUGUCGGUCGACGCCUGUCCGGCCGAGGUGGAGGAGUUCUUGGAACGCGGCAGGUUCAUCUUGGAGGAUCUGGAAUGGCUACUCGGCCUGCCGCAUGACAAGUUUUGGUGUCAGGUCGUGUUUGACAGGUCGCUGCAAAACUGCCUGGACUCGUACGUCCACCACGCCCCUCGCAGCUUGGACCUGGCCUCGGCGCCGUCGUCUCCGGCGGUGGCGGAAACUCAGCGUUCGCUCCACCGGGCCGUCUUCUUCGCCUUCCUCCGGAUGGCCACUCACAAGGAGUCCAAGGAGAACUUCAUAACGCCCGCCGUGUUUGGGGACAUCCUGUACGAGAACUUCCUGUUUGACGUGCCCAAGAUGAUGGACCUGUGCGCGCUGUUCGGGAAGGGCAACGGCGUGCUGCUGCGCAAGAUGAUCGAGAACAUCUUCCUUCAACAGCCGUCGUACUACAGAGACCUGGAGGACACUGUGCCCACUAUUUUGGAGGUGUUCGACACCAUUUUGGAGAGGUGCGGCCUGCGCUGCUGCGCCGCCGCCGAACCGGUGAAGCUCAACGCCCACAAGCAGCCGAGCGCCGUCGACAUGACGCAGCAGGACUUUGUGGACAUUGUUCUGUACCUGUGCGACGCUAGCAGCACCUUGCACGCCUUCCUGAGCGUCUUCCCCGCCGCUUGCGCCACUUUCCACUCGCACGGCUUCCUCUGCAGAUUGGCCUCUUUUUACGAGAGCGUCGUGCCCGACCUGGAAAACGCCUUGACCAAGAGGACGUUUCAGGAUAAAAGUCUGCAGGAAGACGUGUGGCGGAGGUUGUCGCACUCGCGCCGCCGGAUGCUGGAGACGGCUCACCUGCUGCUGCACCACACCUGCCUGCAACCCAUUCUGGAGGGGGCGGAAAACACGCCAACGUUUGCCGAAGAGGUCCUGCAACACUUCACCUCGUUUUUGUCGGAGAAAAGGUUUUUGUGCGAUUACGACGAGCUGUUUCCCAUCGAGGACGAUGUCAGCCUCCUCCAACAAGCGCUUCCUGCCAUCGACGAGACCAGGACGUCCUACCUGCUGCGGGGCGUCCGCGGCGCCUGGGAGAGCGCGGGCAGACGCAAGCCGCCGGCCGCGGGGGCCCCGUCGGACGAGCGGGGGGCGGUGGGCGGGGCUUCGCUCUCCAUCGCUCGGGAUGCGAGGGAAGCAGAAGGCGGCAGGGAGAGCCCCGGCGUGGCCGAGGCCAUCUCGGAUCCCCCCCAUGGAGGAAGCAACGGUGACGUUUGUCCGCUGAGCGAGGCGGAGCUCGAGUCGCUGCUGUCGUGCAUCCGCGACCUGCUGCCCGACCUGGGCGAGGGCUUCCUACUGGCGUGCCUGCGGCGGUACGGCUACGACUCGGAGCUGGUCAUCAACAACAUCCUGGAGGGGCGCCUGGCCCCCGACCUGGACGCGCUGGACCGCGCCAUGCCCAGGGCGGCGAAAGAAGCUCUCCCCGCCGUCCUGAACAGCCGAUCCAACGUGUUCGACGACGACGAGUUUGACGUCUUCCGCAGGGAUCGCGUGGACAUGACACGCAUCUGGAAGGGAAGGAGGAAAGGCGAGAGCGCCGACGAGCUGCUCGGCGACAAGCGGCACAUAUCCGAGCAGCGCGCUCGCUACCGGGCCUACGAGACGGUGGUGGACGAGGUGGAGCUGCGGGCGGGAGACGCGGCGGGGGCGUCGGCUCGCUACGGCGCCGGCGACGAGUACGACGACGAGUACGACGACACGUACGACGUCAACCAAGUGGGCGCCAACGACCUGGACGGAGACGCCCUGCUGAGCAGAAGACCGUUCACGCUGCCUCGAGUCCUCCAGAGAGCAGACAAAGCGGAGGAGAUGGACGACGAUGAACGGCAGGAAGAGGACCAAGCGCCGCAGAGCAACAUGAACAGGGACCAGUUCGUUCAGGACCCGGCGCUGCUGAGGGAGCGAGCCGAGGCCAGAAGAGCCGCCGCGCAGCAAAGGAAAGGCAUCCAGCCCGAGCGUCCCAGCCACGUGGCGGGCCGUCCCAAAGGCCAGGGACAGACGCUGGACACGUUCCUGGACAGACGCAAGAAGGAGGCCAACAAGAGCCGCGGGGCCAACCACAACCGCCGCAACAUGGCCGACCGCAAGAGAAACAAAGGUAUGAUCCCCUCGUGAAGGGACGUUCCCAGGAACAGGAGGACUUAAAAACAACAAAAAAAACAUGACUGCCGCUCUCUUGUUUGGACAAAUAAUUUAUUUGAUUGGAAACCAACGUGCUGCAACAGUCCGGAAAGGUUUAUUUUUGCAAUGAAAAAAGCAAAGUCUUGACAUCUGGACGUAGCGGACGCUUCGCACCGCUUUGCGCCUCGGCAAACUACAACUUUUGUACACGCGCCCGAUCCCUUGGCACUUUGUAACCGCAGGACAUGAAAACGCUGAAAAUAAAAAGUCGGAUCAGGUGUC